AUGCAAUUGUACAACCACAUUAGAUUCAUCCCUAUUAGAAAUGCUCAGCGCAACAUCAAUUGUAAUAAUUCCAUCCCAUGUUGUGGUUGCCCCUUCUUUCUUUCUCACAACUGCCAAAAAGGGGGAAACCCACCCUCAUACGCACUACACCGUCGCGUCGACAUCGAUAUCGAUAUCGAUAUCUUUUUUCCCCCCCCCCCCCAGAAACCUACACUCCUCCACCGUCGCGUCGCGUCGUCGUCCCGUUUUCCUAAAACAGUUUUAAAAUACAAACCCUACGCGGCCUUUUUAUUUUUUUUAUUUUUUUUUCAGAAACACCAUGGUAAAAAAAAUACCAGCAACGACUUUUGGCCUACUCUUGACGACUUGUCCGUGUCGCGACUUCUCGGAUCCGACAAUUGCUUCCCCUUCCCCUUCUCCUUCUUCCCCCCCCCCCCUACACAGUCACUCACCGUGGAAAUUCCGAAAGAGGCCAUCCUCACACGGGAGAGAGUCGCAUUACCCAUUGUCUUUUUCCCAUGA